AUGGCGCGCGGCAAGGCGGACCGGGCGCUGACCGUGGGCAAGAAGCUGGAGAUCAUCGAGGAGGCGGACCGCACGGGGCUCAUCGCCGCCACGGCGCAGAAGUACGGCGUCAAGACGGGCCAGAUCCGCGACUGGAAGAAGAACAUCGACCGCCUGCGUGCCACGGACCCGUCGCGCCUCGUGUGCGCCAGCACCAUCCAGCGCGGCCACCUGGUCUUCAACGAGACGUACGCGCAGUACUGGGUGGGCUACAACAAGUUCUGCAGCAACAACACCAACUACAACGACCUCAAGGACGCGCUGCGCGUCACGCACAAGGACGUGCUGCGCGAGGGGAUCAGUGGGUUCAGCUUCCCGGCGAUGGUGGACCCGGGCGCCACGCACGCAUUGGAGUUUCCCGAGAACAGCGGCUUCUACUCGACGGAAGAGGUCAAGAUGUUGUACCAGAAGGACAUGUCGACGCUGCGGGACCAGCUGUGCGAGUUUUUCGGCCAGAAGCCCAUCCCCACCAAGUACCUGUACUUCGUCACUAGGUUAGAUUUCGUCAAGCCCGACCCGAACGAGCAGGACGAGGAGGAGAACGCGGCGAGGAACGCGGACAAGCAGGCGGACAAGGCCGUCGGGGUGGAGGACUUCAUCUCGUUCUACGUGGCCAUCUGCGGCAACGGGUCCGUCAUGGUGCCCAUGUCGGUCUUCCCGCCGGUGGAGGAGUGGCACUGGGAACGCAAGAAACCGAUCAAGCUGCGCCACGCUCACAGCAUGCACCGCACCAAGAUGCACGACCCGAACGAGGCGCUGCAGUUCUUCUCAGUGACGUGGAAGAAGUUUUACGAGGAGGAAGCCAAGUACAGCGACAAGUUUGCGUUUAUGCUGGACUACACGAUCGAGGAGUUCCGGGCUCCCGAGUUCAUGGACGGCCUGAAGCAGCUGGAGGGCUACAACAAGUACUGGACGACCUUGUACACGGUGCGCAACCCUCUGCGGCUGUCACACUUCGAGGAAACGCUGUCGACGUUCGUGAUCGAGGAGUGGCGCACUAUCCUUCAGAUGAAGAAGUCGAGCCAGCCCAACGAUUACCGGAAAUGCGUCGCCUUCUGGUUCUACUCUGCCUGGGAGUUCUUCGCGGGCGACAACGCGCGUGCUGCGUUCCGGAGCUGCAACAUGUACCUCGAGGACAAGGCUGCGUGGGGUGCAAACGCUAACGAAAACUCGGUCUGA